UAGCUUCCCCCGCAACCAACUUUCUGCAUGAACGCGAACUUCCAAGAACCACAAAGUCUCACUCACCAGACUUGCAUAUGCAUCGAGGUUUGAUACCUACUGUACAAAGCAGAUACAUCGCCAUGGCAGCCAUACAAAAACUCAACGUUCAAACAUUCCCCCGUCCACCAGCGCUGCAAAAGAUCUCUCGCCACCUCCAGAUCAAAUGGCACGGACACCUCAUCGCUGAUACCAAGGACGCAUACUGGGUUUUAGAAACCCACCACCCGCCCACAUACUAUCUCCCUCCCUCAUCUAUCCUCGCCCCUCUGGCCAAGACGGCACGCCGAACCUAUUGCGAGUGGAAAGGUCACGCCACGUACCACGCCAUCACGCACCCGACGACGGGUGAGACCGUUCAGAACAAGGUCUGGUCGUACGAGAAGCCGACUGAAGGUUUCGUCGCCAUCAAGGACUACUUGUCGUUCUAUGCAAACGCUCCGUGGGAGUGCUACGUCGACGGCGAAAAGGUCCAGCCGCAGCCGGGAGACGAGCGACAUUGGUGGCAUCGUCAAGGGCCGGAACGGGAACGCGGAUCCGUUUGUAUAGUUUACUCGGGCCUCUGACAUCUGUCUCUCGACUUGAUUUGAAGUAUAAAAAAAAAAAAAAAAAAAAGGUUGGC